CCCUCAAUCGGUCGGGAUUUCGAAACCACAGGAGAAUCACCGGGAAGGGUUUUGGUGAUAAAACCGCACAUUUUGGGAGGAUAUACACCAUCACAUGGUCACAUAAACACGCAGCGAGCUACUACAUCCUGUAUUUCACCAUGGAAACUGAACUAUGAGGUGUCGCGUCGUGCUGGAGAAGACCGAGUGAACCAUGGCACAGUUCCCCACCACGUUCACGGAUGUGUUCCUGAUCUCAGUGGACGAGAGAGCCAAACAUGAUCAGCAGUUUCUCAGCCUCUCUCCGACUCCCGGGGGUUACAUCACAGGCGACCAAGCCAGGAACUUCUUCCUUCAAUCAGGUCUUCCCCCGCCCGUCCUGGCCCAGAUCUGGGCUCUGGCCGACAUGAACAGCGACGGCCGGAUGGACAUCCACGAGUUCUCCAUCGCCAUGAAGCUCAUCAAGCUGAAACUCCAGGGUCACCCUCUGCCCCCCGCGCUUCCCCCCAGUAUGAAACAACCCCAGCUGACUUUACCCCCGCAGGGCGGCUUCGGCAUGCCCCCCAUGCCCUCCAUGCCCACCAUCUCAGCCCCCCUGUCGGCCGUGCCCCCCCUGCCCCUCCCGCCCCUCCCCGUCGGAGUGUCCCCUCCGCUCGGCUCGUCCGCCCCUCCUCCGCUGCCUCCGCCCAUCGCCAACGGAGCCCCUCCCACAGGCAUGAUGCAGCCCACCUCGGGCUUCCCAGCCGCCUCGGUCAACAAGUCCUCGUCCUUCAAUCGCUCCAGUGCCAAGUUGCAGAAGGGGACGUCCGUGGACGUUACGAGCGUUCUGCCGCCCUGUGAUUGGGCGGUUCCUCAGUCCUCAAGGCUCAAGUACAGACAGCUUUUUAACUCCCACGACAAGAUGAUGAGUGGCCACCUCACGGGUCCCCAGGCUCGUACCAUCCUGAUGCAGUCCAGUCUCCCUCAGGGCCAGCUGGCCACCAUAUGGAGCCUCUCUGAUAUCGACCAGGAUGGGAAGCUAACAGCGGAGGAGUUUAUCUUAGCCAUGCACCUCAUAGAUAUGGCCAUGUCCGGUCUCCCGCUGCCCCCUGUCCUACCACCAGAUUACCUCCCCCCCACAUUCAGGCGCGUGCGGAGCGACAGUGUUCAGUCGGACCAGAAGAGCGUCCAGGAGGAGGCGGAGGAGGAGGCGGAGAGCAGCCAGGACAAGAGACUACCAGUGACGUUUGAGGACAAGAAAAGGGAGAACUUUGAGCGAGGGAACCUGGAGUUGGAGAAGAGGCGUCAGGCUCUUCAGGAGCUGCAGAGGAAGGAGCAGGAGAGGCUGGCAGCGCUGGAGAGAGAGGAGCAGGAGAGAAAGGAGCGUGAGCGUCUGGAGCAGGAGAGGAGGCGACAGCACGAGUUGGAGAAGCAGCUGGAGAGACAAAGAGAGCUGGAGAGGCAGCGCGAGGAGGAGAGACGCAAAGAGAUAGAGAGGAGAGAGGCUGCCAAGCGUGAAUUGGAGCGUCAGCGUCAGUUGGAGUGGGAGCGUCAGCGGCGCCAGGAGCUUCUGACUCAAAGAAACCGAGAGCAGGAGAGCAUUGUGUUGCUCAAAGCCCGGAAGAAGACCCUGGAGUUCGAGCUGGAGGCUCUGAAUGACAAGAAGAGCCAGCUGGAGGGCAAACUGAAGGACGUUCGGUUUCGUCUGUCGGCUCAGCGGAGAGAGGUGGAGCAGACCAACAUGACCAGGGAAACGCGCAUCGCUGAGAUCACGCUGCUGCAACAGCAGCUGCAGGACUCCCAGCAGUGGUUGGGGAGGCUGAUUCCUGAUAAACAGAGUCUCAACGAGGAGCUGCAACAGGUUCAACAGAACAGUCUGCAUCGCGACAGCCUGUCGUCCCUGCAGAAGGCCGUGGAGCAGAAGGAGAGCAGCAGACAGCAGCUCCGAGAGCAGCUGGACGCGGUGGAGAGAGAGACGAGGGCCAAGCUGCUGGAGAUCGACGCCUUCAACACCCAGCUGAAGUCUCUGUGUGAGUUCUAUGGCAACCACUGUGCCAGGAUAGAAGCCCUGCAACGCCAGCUUCAGGAAGAGCAGAGAGGGAGACAGGAGCUGAGGGAGAUCCACAGCCGGCAGCAGAGGCAGAAGCAGAGGGAGCUGGAGGGAGACACGCACACACUGACACACACACACCCUCACAUGCACACCCCCAUCGAGAGGAAGUCCGCCGAGCUGCAGGACAGCAGGUUGUCAUCAGAGGAGGCCUUGUCCUGGAGGGACGAAGCUGCAAGCUCCGCCCCCAACGCCCCGAGCCCCCCCUCCAUCUCUGCGCCCCACGCCUGGCUGAACAGAGUGGCUCAGGAAGAGGAGGAGAGGAAGAGGAGAGGGACGGAAGAGGACGAGGAGGAGGAGGACGACGACGAGGAGGAGGGCCGGAAGGCUGCGGGAUUGUCAGAAGAGAAGGAGGACGAAGGGAGAGGCAAGAAGGAGGUGCAGGAGAAACUGAGCAAGCUGUUCAGCCAGCCGGCCGACCCCUGGGGCUCAACAGGGGAGAAAGCUCCGGUACCCGGUCUGUUUGACCACAAGUCUCCUGUACCGGGCCUGUUUGACCAGAAAGCACCCGUACCGGGCCUGUUUGACCACAAGUCUCCGGCACCGGGUCUGUUUGACCAGAAAGCUCCUGUACCCGGUCUGUUUGAUCACAAGGCCGCGGUACCGGGUCUGUUUGACCAGAAGACCCCGGUCAGUAGCUUCGACCAGCAGCCAGUGAAGGUGGUCUACUACAGGGCUCUGUAUCCGUUUGAUGCCCGCAGCCAUGACGAGAUCAGCAUCGCCCCCGGAGACGUUAUCAUGGUGGAUGAAUCCCAGACGGGGGAGCCGGGAUGGCUGGGGGGAGAGCUCAGGGGCCGGACCGGUUGGUUUCCGGCCAACUACGCGGAGCGGAUACCGGACAGCGAAGCACCGGUCAGCCUGCGCGCGACGGCCUCAGCGCCGCCCACCGCCGCCCAGCAGCCCCUGACCACGCCUCCCCCGGCACCCGGACACGCCGCCUCCUCCUCCUCUUCCGCGACCUCCGCCAACAGCAACUGGGCCGACUUCAGCACCACUUGGCCGUCCAGCGCCGGCGGCCAAUCGGAGAGCGAGGGGUGGGACGCGUGGCCGACCACCUCGACCAGUCAGAACCCCUCGCUCAGCGUUCCGUCGGCGCAGCUGAGGCAACGCUCCGCCUUCACGCCGGCUACCAUGACGACGGGCUCCUCCCCUUCCCCGGUGCUGGGCCAGGGGGAGAAGGUCGAGGGUCUGCAGGCUCAGGCUUUGUAUCCCUGGAGAGCAAAAAAGGACAACCACCUGAACUUCAACAAAAAUGAGAUCAUCACGGUGUUGGAGCAGCAGGACAUGUGGUGGUUAGGUGAACUGCAGACCGGACAGAGAGGCUGGUUCCCCAAAAGUUACGUGAAGCUCAUCUCCGCGACCAUGACGCCGCCCCCUGGUGCCGCGCCACGCAUCAAAAACACUAGUGAGCCUCCGGUAUCAGAAAGCCCCCCCAACGGAAAACGCCCGUCCCCUUCCCCGACCAAACCCUCCGAGUCUGGAGAAGAGUACGUGGCCAUGUACACCUACGAGAGCAGCGAGCAGGGGGACCUGAGCUUCCAGCAAGGGGACGUCGUCGUGGUGACCAGGAAAGAAGGGGAUUGGUGGACGGGCAUGGUCGGGGGCAAGACCGGCGUCUUCCCCUCCAAUUAUGUCAAACCGCGGGACUUUGCUUCAGAGGCUUUGGGACCAGCGGGGAAGACGGGAAGCCUGGGAAAGAAACCGGAGAUCGCGCAGGUGAUCGCCCCCUACAGUGCUACAGGAGCAGAGCAGCUGACGCUGGCUCCAGGACAGCUCAUCCUCAUCAGGAAAAAGAACCCGGGGGGCUGGUGGGAGGGCGAGCUCCAGGCUCGGGGGAAGAAGCGGCAGAUCGGAUGGUUUCCGGCCAACUACGUGAAGCUGCUCAGUCCCAGCACCAGCAAGACGACGCCCACUGAGCCCACCCCUCCAAAACUGGCUCCGCCCAGCUCGGGUCCUCACGCAGCUGUGUGUCAGGUGAUCGGCAUGUACGACUACGUGGCCCAGAACGACGACGAGCUGGCCUUCCAGAAGGGUCAGGUGAUCACGGUGCUCAACAAGGACGACUGUGAUUGGUGGAAGGGCGAGCUCAACGGGAGGGAGGGGCUGUUCCCUAGCAACUACGUCAAACUCACCACAGACACCGACCCGAGCACGCAGUGGUGCGCUGACCUCCACCUGCUGGACAUGCUGAGCCCCAUGGAGAGGAAGAGGCAGGGCUACAUCCACGAGCUCAUCGUCACCGAGGAGAACUACGUCAACGACCUGCAGCUCGUCACGGAGAUCUUCCACAAACCUCUGCUGGACUGCGAGCUGCUGACGGAGAAGGAGGUGGCCAUGAUCUUCGUCAACUGGAAGGAGCUCAUCAUGUGCAACAUCAAACUGCUCAAGGCUCUGAGAGUGAGGAAGAAGAUGUCGGGCGACCGGAUGCCCGUGAAGAUGAUCGGUGACAUCCUGACCAACCAGCUGCCUCACAUGCAGCCGUACAUCAGGUUCUGUUCGUGUCAGCUGAACGGAGCCACGUUGAUUCAGCAGAAAACUGACGACAACCCCGAGAUCAAAGACUUCCUGAAGAGGUUGGCGAUGGAUUCCAGGUGUAAAGGGAUGCCUCUCUCCAGCUUCCUGCUCAAACCCAUGCAGAGGGUCACGCGCUACCCGCUCAUCAUCAAGAACAUCAUAGAAAACACUCCAGAGUCUCAUCCAGACAACAGCCACCUGAAAGCUGCUCUGGAGAAGGCCGAGGAGCUGUGCUCACAGGUGAACGAGGGCGUCCGGGAGAAGGAGAACUCCGAUCGCCUGGAGUGGAUUCAGGCUCACGUCCAGUGUGAAGGCCUGUCUGAGCAACUGGUGUUCAACUCGGUCACCAACUGCCUCGGCCCCCGCAAGUUCCUCCACAGCGGGAAGCUGUUCAAAGCCAAGAGCAGCAAGGAGCUCUACGGCUUCCUGUUCAACGACUUCCUGCUGCUCACUCAGGUCACCAAACCUUUGGGCUGGUCGGGCUCCGACAAAGUCUUCUCCUCCAAAACACACCUGCAGUACCGCAUGUACAAGACGCCCAUCUUCCUGAACGAGGUUCUGGUGAAGCUGCCCACGGACCCGUCGGGGGACGAGCCGCUCUUCCACAUCUCCCACAUCGACCGGGUGUACACGCUGCGAGCGGAGAGCAUCAACGAGAGGACGGCGUGGGUCCAGAAAAUCAAAGCGGCUUCGGAGCUCUUCAUCGAGACGGAGAAGAAGAAGAGGGAGAAGGCCUACCUAGUCCGUUCUCAGAGAGCCACGGGCAUCGGGAGGCUGAUGGUCAACAUCGUGGAGGGAAUCGAGCUCAAACCCUGCCGCUCCCACGGAAAGAGUAACCCGUACUGUGAGGUCACCAUGGGCUCUCAGUGCCACAUCACAAAAACCUUACAGGACACACUGAAUCCAAAGUGGAACUCCAACUGUCAGUUUUUCAUAAAGGACCUCGAGCAGGACGUCCUCUGCGUCACCGUGUUUGAGCGGGACCAGUUCUCACCUGACGACUUCCUGGGCAGGACAGAGAUCCGGUUGGCCGAGAUCAAAAAGGACCAAGGCUCCAAAGGACCAAUCACCAAGCGGCUGCUGCUCCACGAGGUUCCCACGGGGGAGAUCGUGGUCAGGCUGGACCUCCAGCUGUUUGAGGAGCCGUAGGAAAACAAAGACGAAACGGACACCUGGACGGGAUCCUGCUGCACUGGACGUGGACCAGAACGCCGCGUGCUGGGUCAGACUGGUGCCGGAUUCGCUCGUUUCUGGGCGCCUCGGUUGUCCUAGUAGAGGGAGGAACGUUGGAAGCAGCAGGUGCAUCAUGGGAAACUGACGAGACCUUUAAGGAACCCCAGAAACCCAAGAUCCACCGUGUAGUCAUUUAGAAGUUUCCACCAAUAUUAUGCAAAAAAAAAAGAAAAUAGACCAACUGGGCCCUGCAUUCACCAGCUUGUAGUAAGAAAAAAAAAAAGAAUAAAAGGCUCACUAACAAAUGCAUUUUAUCGACAUGGCGACGAGCUUUGCUGGUUUUAUGAGCACUGUUAGAAUUAAAAACAAACACUCGACACAAAGUAAUAAGGUUUGACGUGACAUAUUGCCUUUCUAUGAUUAAGUUGACACACUGCAGGUGAAUAUAGUAAAAAAAGAAAAGAAAUUGGACUAAUACGUAUUAUCAUUUUUUUGUAUUCCACGUUUUACAGAAAUCUACCGUCGUAAAUAGACAAAGUAAAAGAAAAAACGUGUGACUUUUGGAUGUCGUCUUUCCACUAGUCAGUAAGAAAACGUUUUAGGGAAGAAAUCAAAUGUCUUACACACAUUUUAUCGUCUUAAACUAUAUUUCACUGAUCUUAAAAAUGUUGCCGUUUCUCGACCUGCUGCUUUUCCCGGAGGGAGAUUCUACCCGAUUCUGCCCUCAUAACUAACUCCCACAUGCUAACUAGCUUAGCAUGCAGGUGUCCCACCAGGACCCCCCCCCUCUUUCCCACAGUCUGGUCCAGUUCACCGCUGAGUCCUUGGAAUCCAGUCCAGUCCGUUAAUGUUAACCGUCUCAGACACUCCAGUGACAAUCCCGGCCCCCCCUUUGAGUCCCGACCAACCUGUGUGUGUGUGUGUGUGUGUGUGUGAGCGUGUGUGUAAGUGAGAGAGCAUGUAUGCAUAUAUCUAUAUAUAUAUAUAUAUAUAUCUAUAUAUAUAUAUAUAUAGAUAUAUAUGCGUGUGAAUGAUUGUUGUGUCUCUUUAAUGGUGGACAGGCUAAUUUCAAGGUACAUGUUACACUUUUUUUUUUGUUGACGUCACGUCUUACGAACUCUCUCUGAGUCUUACGUUAAACUCCUCAGGCUUUCCACUGCAGACACUCGGCAUCUAAAGGGACUUACGGAAUUUUUUUUUACUUAUCUGCCACAUUAUUCGCAAAUGAGAAGAAAACCAGCUGCACAUUGCACAGGUUUCAGGGGAAAUGCUAACGAUGCUAAUUAGCUGAAAAUGUAGAUAGAUUUUACCCCCAAUAUGUGACAAGUGUCCGGUUUGAAUUGAACACCAAAAUGUCCCUUUUUAAAUGUACAAUAACGAUAAUGGUAUUGGUAAAGAAGGCGCACAGGGAACACGUGUGACGGCUCAUUUCAGCCCAGUUACUGCCGAGAAGAAUGUCUUAAUCUUUGUUAUUUUUGUGAUGUUGGAUGCAUACAUGGGGGGGGGGGUUGUAGUUUUUAGGUGAUUUCCAUCACACAUCUAACCUUUGUUGUAUUUUUGCUGCUGUGCAGAGACCCCUGAGAGAACCAGGGGGGGGGGGGGGGGCACGGAGCUGCUUAGGGGCCCUUAAAAAAAAAAAAACAUGCUAGGCACUAUAUGUAUUUUAUAGGAGCAGCCUUUUAGAAAAAUUCCACUCUCAACGCCGAGGAAGCUCAAUGUAAAGGAAAAAAAAAAAGGUUUUAAUGUGCGAUGGCACUCGCAGCACUUUUAAAACACACACACACACACACACACACACACACUCGACUCAACAAUGUUCCACAGUGGCAACUUUUUAAAUUGACUCCCUGAGCAUUUUAAUUCAAUUCUUCUUGAUGGAAGGAAAAAGUUUAUUUGUGGGGGACUACUUUCACCGGUGGAUUGAUACACAUUUGAUGAGAUGGUUGAUGUUUUUUUUAAUAGUUUUUUUGGAGACGGAGAAGACGUACACAGACAAUCCUUGUUAGCAGGAUCAACAAAAUACAUCAGUGUUUAUAGAAAACGCUUCGCUUCGAUUAUCAACCAAUGUUCAGCAUAAAAGCUAUAAAGGCAGUUUAAAAUGAGCUAACCAGUUAGCCACAAGCUGCACAUGUUCAAAUAUUUUACCUCAUUGAAGCAUGAACUAAUCCCUCCUCCGGUGUUUCAUACCCUAAAAAAACCCCCAGAUCAACCAAUCACACAAACAAUUUCAACGCAUAUCGUUGGCUGAAUAAUCUCAGGAGUUACUUUGAUCUUUUAGAGCUUUUAGAAACGUCAGCUGGCUGGCUGCUCGGCCGCCUCCUUCCAUUUAGAUAGCUGUUUUUCAAUUUAUCGCCAUGGUUACCGACUCGCGGGGGGGGUGGGGAACCAACCGUUACCUUUGCGACCAGCCACUGUCCAAUCAGGGGUCGGCGAGGCAGCUGGACUGUGGUGGUGGGGGGGGGGGGGGGGGGGAGGGGAGGUGUGGACGUACGUUUGUGUUUCCUCAAACUGAUGAUGAUGAGUUUGUCCUUCAUCCCUGUAAAGCUUCUCCUCUCCAGACUGUACUGAAACUAAUCCGGUUUGAACCCGUUCUCACUGUCCACCUUCCAGGAUGUGUAUAAUACUACUGCUAUUUGAGAGUUAAUAUAUGAGUGCAAUGGUGGGGGGGGGGGGCGGCCUGCCGUUAAUUAUCACUGUAGAAGAUGUACUUUGUUGUCUUUCAAUGUUCAGAAUAAACUUCGGUUGGACCGAGAAAGAAGGGUUGUUGGU